AUGAUGCUUAUUUACCUGGUGUUGGGCAUUCUUUUCCUUAUUCAGACGGGAGUUGGCAUUCUUGGGAAUUUCUUCCUCCUGGGCCUCUACACCUUCUUUUUUUUCAUUGGCCACAGAUUGAGGCCCAUAGAGUGCAUUUUUGCCCACUUAGCCUUGGCCAACUCAAAAAUGCUGCUUUCCAGGGGAAUCCCUCAGAUGAUUGUCUGUUUGGGCUUCAAAAAUUUCUUGGAUCCCAUUGGGUGUAAAUUUGUUAUUUAUCUUUAUGUUGUGGCCCGGAGUGUUUCUCUCAGCAUGACCUGUCUCUUGAGUGGUUUUCAGGUCAUCACCAUCAGUCCCAGUAACUCCAGGUGUGCAGAACUCAAAAUCCAAGCCAAAAAGUAUAUUAUCCCUGCCUGCUUCCUCUGUUGGUGUUUCUACCUGCUGAUAAAUUUCACUUUGCUUGGGACUAUGCAUAACUCAAGGUAUCUGACUAAUUAUACAAAGAAGUGGCACCUAGGAUAUUGUUCGAUUUUAACUCCUUCAUCUUUUAAUGCUGCACUUUUUGCAAUGUUUGUUUCUAUUCCUGAUGUUAUAUGUAUGGGAUUCAUGAUCUGGGCCAGUACCUCCUUAAUGCUUCUCCUGCAUAGACACCAUCAGCAAGUCAAACAUAUUCACAGUUCUCAUCUCUCUCCCAGAAAUUUCCCUGAGAAAAGAGCCACCCUUACCGUCCUCCUACUAGUGAGCACAUACGUCUCCAUUUAUUCCAUUAAUUCUGGCUUGUCAUUUUACCUCUUCAAAAUUGACAAACAUGAGCCCUGGUUCAUGCCCACCUUAGACUUCCUUGCAGCAUGUUUCCCAGCCAUCAGCCCUUUUGUGCUGAUCUUUUCUGACUCCCAUAUCCUCAAAUAUUGGUAUGCUCUAUGGCAUAGGAGACAUUGCCACACUAUCCUCAACUUACCCACUCCCCGCAUUCUGCCCUAA